UGGACUGGUCAUUGGUUGUGACGAGUUCAGCGGUUUAUCUAUUUAUUCCUGUAAAUUGCAGUGAAGCAUUCAAGUGCAACCCUUGCUUAUGGUGGGCAUAAACGUCAGUCUCGUUACAACGUUUAAAAAUGCUCCGUUGACAUGUACAAGCACUUUGUAAGUUCAGCAGGAAGUACGGCGAACGUGCCUAAUUGGCAAGCGAGUGUUGGCUUUCUAGUGAUGUUUUCAGAGAAAUUGAGACAACGGUUACGUAUGAGUUUCAUGACUGCCAGGUGAAAUUCACACUGAAGUCCCAAUGAGCCUGAAGUGUGGAAAAUGGCAACCGGUGUACGGGCUGUGGUGGGGUUCGCUGUCUUUACCAGACUGGGAUCUCUGGCACUGCAGGCGUUGCUGAAUAGUGCAAUUCCAGACCAUGACGCCGACGCCUUCAGCCCACCCCCAGCAGAGGACCCUCUCCUGCUGGAUCCCGUUGCUGAGGUGCUGUUGGGGGGCCUUGGGCGCUGGGAUGCCCAGCACUUCCUCUUCAUUGCAGAGCGCGGCUACGUGUUUGAACACAACUUUGCAUUCUUUCCCCUCCUACCCAUCGUCUUGCGAUGUGUCGCAGUUGUGCUGCUCUGGCCCCUUGCUGCCUGGCUGUCGCUGCACGGCAGGCUGUUGGUGGCUGUGGCGCUGCUCAACAGUGCACUGUUUGUACUGAGUGCGGCCGCCCUGUACGGUCUCGGCUGCCUGGUCCUCCAGGACCGUCGCCUGAGCCUUCUGUCCGCACUCCUCUACUGCCUGACACCUGCCAACGUCUUCUUCGUGGCAGGCUACUCAGAGAGUCUGUACGCAGCACUCACGUUUGGGGGUCUCUGGCUCCUGGAGAGAGGCUCGACCGCUAAGGCGUGCCUGGUGCUUGGGCUGGCCACGGGUGCCAGAGCCAACGGCCUGGUGAACUCGGGCUUCCUGUUGUACCUGUCCUUGAAGAGGGCUCUGUCUCUGGCCCAACCGCUUUGGAGGUCCUCUUCUAGAGAUGGGUGGAAUUUCAUGCGGUGCAUGUGGAUAGCCUUUCGCUUCAUAGCCACUGCCGUCAUCUGGGUUCUGGUCAUCUGUUUGCCAUUUGCCAUUUUUCAGUUCUACGGGUACACAAAGUUCUGCGAGACUCCCUCCACCCUGGAGCCUGUAUCCCCCGUCCUCCUCUCCCUAGCCCAGGUGAAAGGCUACCGGGUACCAGACCCGGCGUCCCCUGCCCCACCCUGGUGCUCCCGACCCCUGCCUCUCCUCUACUCCUACCUCCAAGAUGUCUACUGGGAUGUGGGCUUCCUGCGCUACUUCCAGCUGAAGCAGAUCCCCAACUUCCUGUUGGCGUCGCCUGUGUCGACUCUGGGGUCUCUGGCUGCCUACCUGUACCUCAGGGCCGACCCAAGGUACUGCCUGCGCCUGGGGCUUGCUGGCAGUGACGCGAGUAAGGAGAGGGAUGAGAAGGCUCCGACUGGGUUCCACAGCAGGAGGGUGUUCGUGUACGUGGUCCAUGCCACCGUGCUGCUGCUCUCCGGGUUCUUCUGUAUGCACGUGCAGGUUUUGACACGCUUUCUUGGAUCGUCAUCACCAGUGAUAUACUGGAUAAGUGCUCACCUCCUUCUGUCCCAUGAACCUUUGCUGGCAGACGAACACACCAAAGGAAAGAAGGAACGGAUGCCUAUUCACCGCCCCCUGUUUGGCAUACCAUGGGGAAGAUUUCACCAAAAUCCCAUCACAGAAUUAUUGACUGCAUGGACAGCAAGUUCAUUUGUGACCAAGUGUAUUUUAAGAUAUUUUAUGUCUUAUUGGGUGAUUGGACUUGCUUUGCACUGUAACUUUUUGCCAUGGACUUGACAUCCCUGCUACUUGACGAUCAAUGUGGUCACUGUAUGCAUUUGAAUUAAUGCUUAAAAUCGGUUGGAUGGGUAUGUUUGUUUUUUUCUAUAUGUAAGUGCCAAUUACAUUACAUUACAUUGCACUUAGCUGACGCCUUCAUUUAUUCAAAGCGACUUACGGUUAUUACUUUCAGGGUAUUGGUUACAGUCCCUGGAGCAAUGUGGGGUUAGGUGCCUUGCUCAAGGGCACUUCAGCCAUGGAUGGAGUUGUCAAGGGGAAUUCGAACCUGCAACCCCUAGAUUGAAAGACCAACUCUCUAACCACUAGGCCACGGCUGCCCAAAAAAAAAACUUUUUUUUUUUUUUUUAGAUUACAAUCCAUUUGUAUGUGUGUAUGCUGCCAUACAAAGGCUGCCAACAUUGAAACUGAGAAAAAAAUGGCCUCUUGAGAGGUAUUGGUAUCAGGUUGGAUAUUGUAGUCACUGCAAUUUGAUGUAGCAAUAUAUCUAAAGGCAGUCACAUUUGGACCAUAACGCUUUAGCACAAUAUAAAAGUGUCAUAAGGACCAUGUUCAGCCUAAACUCAAGUUUUACAAAAUAUUUAGUUAUUGCACUUUGCCUUGUAGGGUUUGGAUCUGUGUCAUACCAAAUUAUGUGCUUGUGUGGGGAAUGAAUGCAGUUUAUGCAUUACUGAGUUGAAGUUGGCUUUUAAAUGAACAUCUUUCAUAUUGUGAACACAACGACAUUUAUUAAAUA